AUGCAUUUCUCGAGAUACGUCAAUAAAGCGAUUGAUCCACAUCGGGGAGCAUGCAUUCGAUCUUUACCAGAGCUUGUUGAUUACAAUUCAAAGGAGAACAGCUCCUAUUUGUUUUGCAUUCAAGGAGAGGCUUCAGAUGGCGAGAACGAAGGGCUUCAGACAAUAUCUCACUCUGAAUUCCAAAAGGCAUGCGGACGGUGCGCUGGAAACCUCGUUUGGUCGAUAGCCGAGAUUGAGCUACCUUCGCAACAGCAAGGCAGGGGUUUCGUCAAGGGGAGGCCAGUUGCAUUAUUCAUCAACAGUGAUGUUGGCCUCCUGAUCUACAUGGUGGCUUUGAUGGGCCUCGGAGUUCCAUGGGUGCUACUAUGCUCUGCUCGGCUUGGAUCGUCUGCACUUCGACAUUUGUUGUGGACAACCAACGCAUGUGCUAUUAUCGGCAGUCGUAGACAUCGCAAUGUCAUUGAGACCGCAUUGCGGGACUUCCCAAACGACGUUGAUCCACCUGGACUCUAUAUCCAGGAACACUAUGCAACAUUUUUGAAGUCCCCAGGUCAGGUUGAUGGUCCGCCAGAGGUAUCUUGCCAGGGACAUUACAUCGACGAGACUGACCGAAAUGUUGUUAUCUUACAUUCAUCUGGAACCACUGGAAUGCCCAAGCCCGUGUACUGGUCCCACCGACAGCUCAUGUCGUUCACAACCUGCCAUGCGUUCAGGAGUGAAAGUGAGGCCGAGGCUCCGAAUAUGACCACCCUCCCAUUCUACCAUGGCUAUGGUUUGCUUGCGCCACUCCUAUCUUUUGGGGUGGGCACCACACUGUGCAUUCCUAAUUCUCACUCUGUUCAACAUCCAGACUCAGUGUGCAAAUUUCUCCAGCUCACGCGAGCCAAGUCCCUGAUGACAGUGCCAUCAAUUCUCGAAGGGAUAUCACUCCUUCCCCGUGGGCAAGGUGUCAAGAUUCUUGCCACUCUGAACUUUGUCGCUUUCGGAGGUGGUCUGUUGAAGGAAAGCGUUGGCAGUAGCUUAAGUGCUGCUGGUGUUAAGCUUCUGAAUCACUAUGGAUCCACUGAGAGUGGACCUCUGACUCCUAUCUUCGUACCAGAUGCCCAGUAUGACUGGCACUUCUUUCGACUCCGCAAAGAUAUCGAAAUGGGGCUGACGGAAACAAAUGGAGAAGGAGAAGAGAACACAAAAAGGUACACCCUCAAAUUACGCCCACAUGGAUGGGAAGUCGACUUUGAGCUCCAAGACGAGCUUGUUCGCAAUCAUGACAGCGAGGAACUUGAGUUCGCUGCCGUGGGUCGUAAGGAUGAACUUGUUGUCUUGUCCAACGGUGAAAAGAUGUCACCGGAAGUAAUCGAAACGUACCUCAGUGGCCAACAAAAUAUCGCCGAUGCGGUGGUAUUCAGCAACGAAAACUCUGAAGUUGGCGUCAUCAUCAAACCUUCCAUACCAGUCAGUAAAGCAGAGAGACGAGCUUUCAGAACAAGUAUCUGGCCAUGCAUUGUCGAAGUCAACAAGCUCACCGACGGCUUCGCUCAGAUUCCAUCCGAGCUCAUGGUUUUGAUUGUCCCAGACGAGAUUGAGCUUCCCAGAUCGGACAAAGGUUCUGUGUUGAGAAGAGAAGUUUAUCAGCUUUUCCAGAGCGACAUCGAAAAGACCAACGCAUACGUAAACGACGGCGAGGAUGAUCCUUUUCCAAAGCUUUGCUCUCAAUCGCUAGAAAACUAUAUCCAGGAAGUGAUACAGACCAAGCUCAAUUGGAAAAUUUCUUCUCGGAACUGGAGCACGAGCGAUGACCUUUUCGAGCUCGGAAUGGACUCCCUCCAGGCACUCCAGUUACGUCGCGCGGUCGAACGAGUCACAAGAUCAUCAGCCAACGGCACAAUAGACUCGUCGAUGUUGACGAUGGACUUCAUCUAUCGAAAUCCUUCUGUGGACAAGAUUGCCACCGCACUUCGCGGAGCAAGAGCAGAUGUCAUUUACAAUACUCGAUCUGAUCAGAUUGUGGGGUUUGUCGAAACAUAUUCAAAGUUCCGUCCAAAAUGUCUCCCCAGAGUCCUAAUCACAGGAGGGACGGGAAACUUGGGUGCUCAUAUGGUGGCACAGCUUGCAACAGAUCCCGCUGUUGUUGAGGUUGUCUGCCUCAACCGACCCGGGCUACUGAGAACAGGCUUGAAUGCAUCUGAUCGGCAGAAGGCCGCGUUGGAGUCGAGGGGUAUAUUUCUCGAAAAUGAACAUUGGCUCAAAAUCAAAGUCCUCGAAUGCGACACCUGGAAGCUAAGGCUGGGCCUCAACCGCGAAGACUACAAUAAUCUCGCAACCGAUAUGACACAUAUUCUCCACAACGCUUGGUCUGUAGAUUUCACACAGCCACUGUUGUACUUCGAACAUCAGUUUCAAACGCUGCAAAAUCUCAUUGUACUGGCCCAAGAAAUGUCGUUGCAUCGGCCUUCAAAGAAACCACGACUCUUGUUCGUUUCAUCAAUCGCAGUAGUGGGCAGCAACCCACUGCUCGGCAUGGUCGAUCCAAUCGUUGAAAAGCCUGUGGAGCUCGUUGAAUGCUGCAAUACCUCUGGAUAUGCUGAGGCUAAGCUAGUAUGUGAGAAGAUCAUUGAGAUGUUCGCAAGUCGAUACAACUCAUCUGUUGAGCUGGGAUACGUCCGUCUAGGUCAAAUCACAGGUUCAAGGCACGCAGGAAUCUGGUCCACCAAAGAGCAUUUGCCAGUUCUCUUCCAGACAGCACAACUGAUGGGUCAUCUACCAGUAAUGGAAGGGACACUAUCUUGGCUUCCAGUAGAUAUCGCUGCUGCUUCUAUCUCGGAGAUUAUGUUCAGUGACGAAGCUAUGCAGUUAGUCUACCACUUGGAAAGUCCCACGAGACAGCCAUGGCAUGCUAUCAUUGAGAUCAUGUCAAGCUUAUUGGAGUUGCCAACGAAACCACAUCUUGAUCUAGGAAUUUGGGUAGAGGCUGCACACCAUCUGACGAGAGAUCGUCCCGACACCUACUCAUUCUCACUACUAUUGGAAUUUUUCCAGAGAGAUUUCGUGCGGAUGGCUUGUGGACUGGUCACCUUGGAUGUAAGCAACGUCCUAGCAGUUUCUUCGUCGUUGAGAGAAAGCAAGGGUGUAAUGGGCGAUGACCUUGCGUCGUAUGUCUCAUAUUGGAGAAAAGAUGGUUUCCUCUUGAGGUAG